AUGCCGGACCGUAGCGUGGUUCUACGUGCCCGUGGCUUAUAUUGCUUCGGCGAGAUUACACUCGAACAAAAUGCUCCUCGGGUGGCCGCUCUAUCUACGACGCCCUCCUCUGUUGAUCUCGCCCCCAUUCUCGCGGCGCUCACACCAAGCGCGCAGCGUCGCAACUUGGCCAACGUCCGCACCAUAUCUCUAAACUGGCUUUAA